UAUUUUUAUUGUUUUUAUUUUUUUUACCUUUAUUUUACAAGGACGUCACUUGAUAUUACAAAUACUAUUAUUUAUUACAAGGAAAACCAGGCACAGAUAAAUGACUAAACAUGACAACAACACAUUCCACACCGUCCAGUUCAAAAUAUUACAGCGAGUUUAUUAAACACAUUAAAACAUGAUUUACUUUGCUUGAUAUAGAAAGGCAACUAAAACAAGAAAACAUAGUAUUGUUACUAGGCAGAUUAACUCCCCUUUUUUCCGUUUUCUGAACACAUAAAUCCGUACCGUCAACUUUUCGCGCACAAAUAAUGACGUCACAUUCCGGAGCUCGUUUUUUCGUCUUCAAUGAGAGAAGUUGAUAAACAGUAACAGAAAGAAUGGUUUUGUUUCCAACGAGUUUAACCGAUGAAGAGGAAUCGCUGCAGAAAAAAUAUGCCAAGCUCAAAAAGAAAAAAAAGGCGCUGAUGGCUUUAAAGAAACAGAGCUCGACCAGUCAGGCCACGCAGGGAGGGCUGAAGAGAACACUUUCAGACCAGCCGACUGUGGACACAGCCACAGCGACAGAGCAGGCAAAGAUGUUAAUAAAGACCGGAGCCAUAAGUGCAAUCAAAGCAGAGAACAAGAACUCAGGGUUCAAGCGCUCUCGCACCCUGGAGGGUAAACUCAAGGACCCAGAGAAAGGCCCAGUGCCAACCUUUCAGCCUUUUCAACGUAGCGUGUCUGCUGACGAGGAGAGCUCUGAGUCUUCAAAGCGUCCCCAGAGAAAAAUGCUGUAUGAGAGUUUUGUCAGCUCAGGCGCUCGCACACUUGGAGACUCUGACAGGGAGAGUGGGGAUGGAGUGCUACAGAACACAGGAGAGAGGGACCGAGAGCUGGAUCGAGAUAGGGACCGGGACAGGGACAGGGACAGGGACAGGGACAGGGACAGAGGGAGAGGGGACAGGGACCGGGAGAGAGACAGAGAGAGAGACGCACCAUUCAGACGCUCGGACUCGUUCCCGGAUCGGCGCCCCCCUCGGAAGGGGAACACGCUGUAUGUGUACGGAGUGGGGAUGAGCGAUGAGAGCCUGAGAGCAGCCUUCUCUGUGUGCGGCAACAUCAUAGACCUGUCCAUGGACCCUCAGAGGAACUGUGCUUUCAUCACCUUUGAGAAGAUGGAGUCAGCUGACCAGGCCAUCGCAGAGCUGAAUGGCAGGUGUGUCGGUGAUGUGAUUUUGAAAGUCAGUAUCGCUCGUAAGCAGCCCAUGCUGGAAGCUGCAACAGGGACGUCUGUCUGGGCCCCUCUAGCGGUUCAGAACAGUGCUAAAGGAUCCCACAGAGACAAGAGGAACCAGAUUGUGUACAACGAAGAUCUCUUCUGAGUCUCAAGACAAACAUUUACAUUGCAGUUCACUUGAUUUUUCUGCGUUUCCCCUGCACGAGAGUCAGAGAGAGAGCGAGACAGACCCUCCCCCCUUUCAGUCUCUCUGUGGCCUCAAACUGUUGCGGUGCGUGUGUGUUUUUGUGUGAUGCGGAUUACACUGAAAGUCCACUGUCUGUUCUUCUUGGGGCUAGGCAUUUGAGACCACUGACCUACCAAAUGUAUUUCACUUGUGACCUGAGCAAAAGUCUAGUGAAUAACAUUAAACCAUUAACGCCACAGGAUUUUCACCUUCAGAGAAAGCCAAUAAGCAUGAAUGAGAGGCUGGUGAAACUGCUUGCUGUCUAUCUAUCUCUCUGUCUGUGCUAUCAAGCCCUACCGAGAUGGGAGGAUAGUCUACCGAAUUACCCGCUGCCCCACCUAGACCCCCCAGAUUGGAACCCAUGCCUAAAAGGUGAAAGGCAGGAAUGAAAGGCUUUUGAAUCCCCCUCCCCCUUUGAAAUUGUAUUGUGCAACUUUUUAUAGAGGGUAAAAAGGUCCCAAAUUCGCACUGGGGAAAAAAUUACAUUUAAACUAAUAUCAGUUAAGUGUGGCAUUCCAAUUUAAUAGACAAUAAAAUAAACAUUCAAAUAAA